GAAGGCCGGAGAGGUCCACAGACGCUCAUGGGGUGCUCUGAGCCUGCCUGAAGAUGCCCUGUAUCAUGUCCGACUGGGGCCUCCGGGGCCUCUUCUCGCCACUCCUCCCGGAUACGUCGUCGUGGCGGCCUCGGCCAGAGUCCACCAUAGCUGUCCUGGGUACCCUGGCCUUGCUGUUUAUCUGGUAUUGCUACCGGGUGGGGAGCGGGCAGGCCACCCCUGCAUCCCACCAGCAGGGAGUGCCAGCGGAGGAGCGGUGCCCUCGCCGUGCCCUCCGGAGCGACGCCGUGAACCAGCGCCUGUAUCGCAGCCUGCGAGAUUACGCCAAGCGCUACUCGUGGUCUGGCAUGAACCGGCUGCACAAAGGCAUCCGAGACCAGGCCCAUUACCAGCUGGGGGAACGCCUUGCUAUCCAGAAGCCCAGCACCUUCUACCUCCCAGAUUUGCCCUCUGCCCCCUACUUCCCCCGGGAGUCCCUGCGCCACGACGUCGAGAUCCUGGAACUCAGUUACGCGGCUAUCCUGCGCGAGUUCGAGAGCAUCGUGUGGGAUUUUGCGCCCGGGGCACCAAUGCCGCGGGGAUGGACGGCCAAUGCAAACCCUGGCUGGCAUAGCUAUUACCUCUACCGGCAGGGGGAGUGCGUGGCACAGAACUGCCGCAGCUGCCCGUGGACCUACCGGGCCCUCAGUGCCCUGCGCACCUUCGUGAACGCCAAUCGCUUUGGAAACGCUUGCUUUAGCGUCUUGCAACCGGGAACCGUGCUGCCAGGGACCUAUGGGCCGACCAACACCAGAGUGCGGUGCCAUCUAGGGCUGAAGGUGCCUCCCUGCUGCGAGCUGGUGGUGGGCGGCGAGCCACAGUGCUGGUCCGAAGGAUACUGCCUCCUCGUAGAUGACUCCUUCUUGCACACGACAGCACACAAUGGCUCCCCCAUUGAUGGGCCACGGGUGAUUUUUAUCGUUGACCUCUGGCACCCCAACGUGGCAGGCCCAGAGCGGCAGGCUCUAGACUAUAUCUUUGCUCCUGGCCGAUAG